AUGGGGGCAGGCUGCUUGGCAGUGCUGGCUGUGCUGUGCGGGGCUCUCGCGGAUGCUCCCAGCAGAGGCAUCAAAUGUGGGGGGGUGCUCUCAGCAUCCUCUGGCAAUUUCUCCAGCCCCAACUUCCCAGGGCCAUACCCCUAUGAGACAGAGUGCACGUGGCUGAUCGUGGUGGCCGAGGGCUCCUCCGUCCUGCUCUUGUCCAAGCGCGGCUUGGCCGCUGCCUACCACAAAGAUGCCUGCGGCGGGCAGCUGACGGGGCUGUCCGGGGAGAUCACCAGCCCCCGCUACCCCGAGAGCUACCCCAACGACGCCGAGUGCCGCUGGAGCAUUGGGGGAGCUGCCACUGCUGCCCCGCACCUCCUUGUCCUCUUCAAGGCAGACUUCAACAUCGGUGGCAGGGGCUUCAAGGCCCAUUUCUACUCGGGCGAGUGCCAGGAGGUGUUCACCACCAUCAAAGGGAAUUUCUCCAGCCCUCGGUACCCCAACUUCUACCCCAACAACCUCAAGUGCCAGUGGAGCAUCCAGCUGCCCCCAGGCUACCGGGUCAAGGUCUUCUUCUUGGACAUGGAGCUGGAGGGCCGGAGCAGCCUGACGGGUGGCUGCGACUACGACCACCUGGCCGCCUUCGACGGUGGUGCCGAGAAUGGGUCCCUGCUGGGGCAGUGGUGCGGGCGGGAGUCACCGGCACCCGUCACCUCCCGCCACAACCAGCUGCUGCUGGUCCUCCACACCGACCGCAACACGGCCAAGAGGGGCUUCUCCAUCACCUAUGUGGGAGUUGUGCCCAUGAACGUCAGCUGCACCCGGACGGACUUCCACAUCCAGAUCCCUGUGCAGUCCCUGGCCCAGCUGGAGAGGAACAGGAUUUAUUUGGGGACUCCCUCCUGCGCAGCCCAGGUGGUUGGCGGGAACUUUAGAAUACACACCCGGUUUGACACAUGCGGCACCGAAUCCCAGAAACGCAACAACACUUCUGUCAUCGUCAGCACCCUCUACAUCAAUUUUUCAGCGGGCGACCAGGAGGACAUCCACCAGUAUGAGGUGCAGUGUGAGCCGAAGAGGAAGGAAGCCUCGGUGACCCUCAUUGCUGGCCCUGACCCAUCCAGGCUCAGCCAGGCAGAAAACCUGGUAGAUGCCCAACAGUGGGAUGAGGGAGCGAUGGACACCCACGAAAUCAAGAGCCAGGACACCAGCGACAUGGUCUUCAUCAGCAUCUGUGUCCUGGCUGGGCUCCUCAUGGUCAUCGCAGUGGUGGGGCUAGUGCUUCUGUAG